AUUACCGGACUCCGACCAGAACCAGAUGUCUCUACCCUCGAACUUGCAUCCCGAUGAGGCUAGCCCACCUUGGUUGAACAAAGGAGACAAUUCUUGGCAGCUCACCGCAGCCACCCUGGUGGGGCUCCAAAGUGUUCCGGGACUCGUGAUCCUAUACGGGAGCAUUGUGAAGAAGAAAUGGGCUGUCAACUCGGCUUUCAUGGCCCUUUACGCCUUUGCUGCUGUCCUUAUUUGCUGGGUCGGGUGGGGGUACCGUAUGUCUUUCGGGGACAAGUUCAUUCCCUUCCUAGGGAUGCCUAACGUGUCCUUGGACUCUCAGUAUCUCAUUGACAGGGCCUUUCUUGGCUAUUUGCCAAAUGCAACCAUGAUAUAUUUCCAGUUCGUGUUUGCAGCUAUCACUUUGAUUCUCAUAGCCGGGGCAUUGCUUGGAAGGAUGAAUUUCCUUGCAUGGAUGUUGUUUGUGCCACUCUGGGUGACGUUUUCCUACACAAUCACUGCCUACAGUAUUUGGUGCCCUGGAGGGUGGCUGGCUAAGCGUGGCCUUAUUGAUUAUUCUGGAGGAUAUGUUAUUCAUUUAUCGUCUGGUGUAGCUGGUUUCACUGCAGCUUACUGGGUUGGACCAAGGACUACAAGGGACAGGGAGAGGUUCCCACCAAACAACAUCCUGCUGAUGCUUGCAGGGGCUGGACUGCUUUGGAUGGGAUGGACCGGUUUCAAUGGCGGCGAUCCGUAUACUGUCAGUACGGACGCUUCGUUGGCCGUCCUUAACACCCACGUUUGCACUGCCACAAGCUUAUUGACAUGGCUCAUACUUGACUAUAUUUUCUUUGGAAAAUCCUCCGUGGUUGGAGCCACUCAAGGCAUGAUCACUGGUCUAGUUUGCAUCACCCCAGCAGCAGGAGUGGUGCAAGGAUGGGCAGCAAUAUUGAUGGGAAUGAUGUCUGGUAGCAUCCCAUGGUACACAAUGAUGGUCCUACACAAGAAGGUAUGGUUUCUGAAGCAAGUGGAUGACACGAUGGCUGUGUUCCACACGCACGCGGUGGCAGGCAGCUUAGGAGGGAUUCUGACCGGCGUGUUUGCGGUGCCUAAGUUCAACCGGCUUUUCUACAUGGUGACCGAUUGGCAGCACUACAUCGGUCUUUUCUACGGAUUCCAUGACGGUCGUACAACAGCAGGGUUCAGGCAAUUGGGUGUUCAAUUGGUAGGGAUCUUGUUUGUGGUGUUCGUGCAUGCAACCAUGACGAGCAUAAUAUGCUUGGUGAUAAGCUUGGUGGUUCCACUGAGGUUGAGUGAGGAGGAGUUGCAAACUGGGGAUGAUGCAAUCCAUGGAGAGGAAGCAUAUGCAUUGUGGGGAGAUGGGGAGAGAUACGAGUCGAAGCACAACUCUGUUUAUGAAGAAAACGCACGGCCACCAUCCACAAAAGGAGAUGAUGACUGUUUCAAGACAUUUUGGGGGAAUUUGCUAUCUCGGCCUCGGGUAUAAUUUGGUAUGAUAUGAUAUGAUUUGAUUUGAUUUUUAAAUGAGGGUUUGGAGAAUAAUGUUAUUUUAUUUUUGUUGGGUGGUUUUUUCAACUUAA